AUGGGAGCUGCUGUUUCAGGUCUGGGCGCUCCCUUGCUGCUGGUGCUAGGUCUUGGAUCCGUGGGCUUGUGGUAUGCAAGGCGGCGCCCGGUCUCGGUGCAAUUCCCUGACAUCAGCGUCCCGGAGGCCUUGUACGCAUUGGCGCGGGAGCAGGACCGGCGCAAGAGAGCAGCGUGCGCACGAGCUUUGACAAGCAUCAUGGAUGGAGAGGUGCAGGUGCUGGAAGAGCUGCUGGAUGAGUCGAAAGGGAAACAUCCAGAGUUCGGUGGGCUUUUGCCCGACGGGCGUGGUGUGCUCGCGGUUGUUCUUGACGACUUUGCAGCGGACACUGAACCCAACGAAACUGAGGCAUUCGCCGACCUGUUGCUGCAAUGCACUGCCUUUGACGCAUCCUGGGAUGAGACGGAUGAGUGGAAUGAAUUCACUCUGAGCGCUGUGCAUCAUUUACAGGAGCUGAAGGCAGAGGAGAGGAUUUCCAGAGCGGAAGCCGGAAACUCCAGCUCAGUCAGGGCCAAGGCUGCCACUUUGCGACGGCGCUUGGCUGGAGAACGAGGAUGCGCUGCACCGAAAGGCCCAGACCCUGCAGAUGUGCCAAUGAUGCUGUCCAUGAAUACCCGGGUGCAGUGCCCUGUUUGCAUGACCAUGCAGCCCGACUUAUUGCGUUGCCCAACAUGCCGCAACGUCGGGUACUGCAGCGCUGAGCAUCUACAAGCAGAUGCCGGGCGGCAUAAAUUCUGGUGCAGCCAGGACGUCAAAGGACCGAAGUAA